GGCAUGGGUAGUUUUGGUUCAGUGUACAAAGGAAUUCUUGAUCAAGAUCAAAAACUUGUAGCGGUGAAGGUAUUAAACCUUCGAUUCCGUGGAGCUUCCAAGAGUUUCAUCGCCGAGUGUAAGGCCUUGAGGAGCAUCAAACAUCGAAAUCUUGUCAAGGUUCUCAGUGCAUGCUCAAGUAUCGACUAUCAUGGUAAUGAUUUCAAAGCUCUUGUUUAUGAGUUCAUGGUUAAUGGGAGCCUAGAGGAGUGGUUGCAUACAAUUGAGAAUGUCGAUGAGGUCCAUAAUAACUUGAGGAAUUUAAACCUUCUUCAGAGGCUAAAUAUUGCUAUUGAUGUUGCUUCUGCUCUUGAUUAUCUUCACAAACAUUGCCCAGAACCAAUAGUCCAUUGUGAUCUGAAGCCGAGCAAUGUUCUUCUUGACAAUGAAAUGACAGGACACGUAGGUGACUUUGGAUUAGCAAGAUUCCUUCUAGAAUCAACCUUGGACUGUUCUGCAAAUCAAUCCAGUUCUAUAGGAGUAAAAGGCUCUCUUGGUUAUGUUGCUCCAGAAUAUGGCAUGGGAAAUGAAGUGUCACCAUCUGGUGAUGUGUACAGUUAUGGCAUCCUAUUAUUGGAGAUGUUCACAGGGAAGAGACCUACUGAUAAUAUUUUCAGUGAUGGUCUGAGUCUCCACAACUUUGCUAAGGUAGAUUUGCCUGCACAAAUCCCAAGCAUUGUUGAUCCAAUGAUCUUUCAACAAAGGGAACAGGACGCGAGCACAAGCAUCAACAAUGCUCAUAAUCAGAGUUCUGAUAGCAAUCACAAGAUUCUAGAGUGUUUGAUUUCAAUACUUAAACUUGGAGUCACCUAUUCAGAAGAACUGCUGAGUGAUCGACUAGCCAUAAAUGUGGUGGUUCCUCAGUUGCAAGUGAUCAAGAACACUCUUCUUGGAGGCAGAAGAAGUGAACCAGUAUUGCAGUAUCAUCAUGAGUAGGUAUGACCCCUGCACUCUCUUAAUGACAAAAGAAUAAACCCUGCAUAGGCAUGUAACUUCAGUUUUUUUGGAGACUGAAGGUGAGGAUAGCACACGUGGUUUUGCUCGCCCAUAUAGGCACCUCCCUUCACCAAGGUGGUGAGUUCAACUCCCACCUCCCCCAUCCCUCUCCAUAGGAUAUCUUAGAAAUGGAUUUGCCAUGUCAUUACAAGCAUCUACAAGUCUAAUAUAGAUGAGAGCAUUUCUUUUUUGGUUCUUUCAUCCUUCUAUUUUUAUUCCGUCAAAUUGAAACAAUUGUGUAAUGGCUGGUUGUAUAUCAGGUACUGUAGACAUCUCAACUAAUUUCUCUUUCGAUUAAAGCUACUCAAUUGCUCACCCGAAAUUGCCAGUAGAGAUCGCUAGUUGUUGGAAUACACUACCAGAAUAUCAAACGAGCAUCUAGUCAACAUGUCUC